AUAUACCAGUGCCACCACUCUCCGCACCUACCAUCAAACAUGAAAAGCAGGAAAACAAUAAAUAAAGAGAGCGAGAGGAAGCAGCAAGACAGUGGGCACCAGUUGUGUGGCUUCAUCCGGAGGAACAUCUACCCCAGUUCUGUACAAUAUUUUCUCCAACAUGUUAAACCCAGCACAGCAGGGGCAGGGAGCAAGGAGCCUGGAACUAAUGUGAUCAGUGAUACUGUCACCUCCAUACCAUUGCUACCUACUGGAAAAUCCAGCCAGGGGUCCUAUCUUCUAGCUCCACACAAUUUUGAAUGCUCCAACUGUCCUUUACCCAGAUUUCUAUUUAGCAAGAAGCCCAGCAAACAUCAUUCUCCACCAGUCUAUGCAACCAUCCACUCCUGCCCUCUGUCAGCUAAUAGAAGAGGAGGCAGAAGUACUGAUUAUUUACAUAAUAGUCAUCCCAGUCAUCUUAAUGAAGAAAACACUGAAAAGCCAUUAUCUCUAACCACAGAAACACAAGACAAAAACCUGUCAACACAAACCACAAGUAAAUCUCUAGAUGAAAGCUCUAGUGUUUCUUUACCAGCUACCAAUCUUACAGCUCAACCACUUUCACUUCCAUUAUUAUUCAACCAAAUGACAAUGGGAUCUAAAAAUAGUUUCAAAAAUUUCUCGGUCACAACGGAACAAACUACAAGAAUCACAAUACCAUUAAAUCCCCGAUACUCCCUAAACACUUCAUUUCCAGUUGAAAAAAACACUGAGAGUCCUAUUCAUGAUACACAUAUUAAUCAAUCACAUGGGAGAUAUCCAUCAGAAAAUGCCAUCUUCAAUAAUAAUUCACGUAAAACAGGGGAUAUAUAUACGGGUAUUUCAAAUAGAAUUUUAUCUAUUGAUACUAACAAAGACAGCCCCAGUGCCAAAACCAAUGAUCAAACAUCCAACUCUGGCAAGACAAGAAGCCCUUCUUUCCAGGAAGCAACACUUAUCAGAUAUAAUGAAAUUUUCAAUAAUUCCACUCCUUCAAAUGAUGGAACAUUCACAACACAAAAACACCUAGAUUCAUACACUAUUGUGGAAGGAAUGGAUAAUGCAACAUCCAAUCCUAGAGUGGACAAUCAAUAUGAUGACUCGAGCCAAGAGGAGAAUGGGCAAGAUAAUCAUAUGAUCCCCAGUAACAUAGCAUUGAAGCAUACCACUGAAAAGCGCCAUACCCCAAGAGCAAUUUCCAAUGAUGGAGAAUUGCCAUAUGAACAACAAUUUACUGUGACCUACUGGAUGUUUUAUCCCUUUAACAAUGGCAAAGAUAUAUGCACUGCCAAUCUGGGAUACUUCUUGGGUCGGAUAUUAAAGCCAACAAUAAAUGGUGUUUGCCAUGGAGAAGAAAUAACCAUGGGUAACCAUGUUGGAGACUGGGAGCAUGUUUCAAUACAAUUUAAGGGAAGCACACCAACACAGAUGUAUGUGUCUGCACACACCUUUGGAGCUUACUACACAUACAUCCCUCACCUUCAUGAAUUCCUGUAUGCUGGUCAAGACACAAGAGAUGGAAUUGCAAUGUCACCCAACUACCCACGAACUGUACAACUCACAGGAUCUCACCCGGUACUUUAUGCUGCACGAGGAUCACAUGGACUUUGGGGAGCUCCAGGUAUCCAUCAGUACAUGUGGCUGCCACUUCUUAAGGAUGACACAGGGAUGGGCACAGCAUGGAAGACCUGGCACAAUGUGGACAUAAUAGAUUUAGAAGACCCAACAGGAACAUCACCACACAGGCACUGGUGGUCAUACAACGGACGGUGGGGAAAUCCAAGCAUCAAGUGCCAUGUGCUCAUGGUUGGCUUUUGUGAACUUGGCAGAGGCCCAACAGGAAUUCAAAGAAAGAGAGUAAACUUUCCAUGUCAAAAUGCUAAUAGCAGAACUCCAUAACUUUGCAAUCAAUGCUCAUCAUGA